ACUCCGCUUUCUCCGUCUCUUUAAAACCUCCAUACUUAAUACUCCUCACCCCUGUUGCGUGAUAUUAAAAACCAUUUAACAAGAGAGAUAGAGAGGGAUUAGAAGAGUUGCUAGAUUGGGUUCUUCCUUUUACUACUUUUUCGUUGAUUCCAAGGUGGCUGCUUCAGUUUUAUUGCUUUUGAGAUGGUAAAAUGAAGAUGUCGAAGUUGCAGGAUGAUCAAUUAGGAAAUUGGUGCUUGACUUGAUGCUUUGCUAUGAGGACCCCUGCAGGGUGUGACAGAUAUUCUUGCUGAAGUUUACAUCAUUUUGUGAUAAGGGCUUUUUUUGUGGAAAUUUGAAGUUUACUGUUCUGGCGUAGCAGAUUUGAUACAUACUGAUGCACGAAGUGGUACCACAUUUUUGUCAGAAGAAGAAUAUGCAAACUCCUGUUCGAAAAAGGUUACCUAGUGGAUUGUCUAAAGAUCUGUGGCUUGUGGCGAGGGAGGGAUCUUUAUCUGAUGUAGAUUUGGCAUUGGCAUGGCUUAAGAAGAGUGGUGGAAAUGUCAAUGCAAGGAAUUCGUUUGGCCUCACACCUCUUCAUAUUGCAACCUGGAGAAACCACGUUCCUAUUGUUAGAAGGCUACUUGCAGCUGGUGCAGACCCUAAUGCUAGGGAUAGUGAAUCAGGAUGGAGUAGCCUUCAUAGAGCUAUGCAUUUCGGCCACCUCACAGUUGCUAGUGUGCUUCUUCAGUCUGGUGCUUCUAUCACAUUGGAGGACUCUAAAUCCCGAACGCCUAUAGAUCUUGUAUCCGGACCUGUGCUUCAGGUUGUUGGGGAUGGAGACGAUUUAGUUGCUACAGAGGUCUUUAGCUGGGGGAGUGGUGUGAAUUAUCAGCUGGGGACUGGAAAUGCACAUAUUCAGAAGCUACCAUGCAAAGUUGACACACUCUAUGGUUCUUAUGUUAAAUUGGUUUCUGCUGCAAAAUUCCAUAGUGUAGCAGUUACUGAUCGAGGUGAAGUCUAUAGCUGGGGAUUCGGGAGAGGUGGCCGUCUUGGGCAUCCUGAAUUUGAUAUACACAGUGGUCAAGCUGCAGUUAUUACUCCUCGGCAAGUGAGCUCCGGUUUAGGGGCACGCCGAGUUAAAACAAUUUCUGCAGCUAAGCAUCACACUGUUGCUGCUACACAGGCUGGGGAGGUUUUUACUUGGGGUUCCAAUAGAGAGGGUCAACUUGGCUAUACAUCUGUUGAUACUCAACCUACACCCAGGAGAGUUAGUUCUUUAAGGGCAAGAAUAGUUGCUGUUGCCGCAGCAAACAAGCACACUGCUGUUAUUUCCGAUUCUGGUGAGGUGUUCACUUGGGGCUGCAAUAAAGAGGGACAGCUUGGUUAUGGCACCUCUAACUCUGCUUCAAACUACACUCCAAGAUUAGUUGAAUACUUGAAGGGCAAGGUUUUCAAUGCAGUUGCUGCUGCCAAGUAUCACACAAUUGUUUUGGGAAGUGAUGGUGAGGUAUUCACUUGGGGUUACCGACUUGUUACCCCAAGACGUGUUGUUAUUGCUAGAAAUACGAGGAAACUUGGGAACACUCUUCUGAAGUUUCACAGGAAGGAGCGCCUUCAUGUUGGUGCCAUAGCUGCUGGGGUGACGCAUAGCAUGGCUCUAACUGAUGAUGGGGCCCUUUUUUAUUGGGUGUCAUCAGAUCCUAGUCUCCGUUGCCAGCAGUUAUAUUCGCUAUGUGGGAGAAGCAUUGUUAGCAUCUCAGCUGGGAAGUACUGGACUGCUGCUGCUACUGACACUGGUGAUGUUUAUAUGUGGGAUGGAAAGAACAGAAAAGAUGAACCACCUAUUGCAACUAGGUUACAUGGUGUGAAAAAGGCAACUUCAAUUUCAGUAGGAGAGACACAUCUACUGAUUAUUAGUUCUCUCUAUCAUCCUACAUAUCCUAAAAUUGUCAAGGGUUCUCAGAAGGUCAAGCAAAAGGUCAAGAUUGAAACAGAUGAAUUCGAUGAAGGUUUUAUUUUUAAUGAUCUAGAGUCUGACGAUGUCUCAUCCAUUGACCCAAAGGAAGGCAUCGUGAAGACCGUGCCAAGCUUAAAAACUUUGUGUGAAAAAGUCGCAAUAGAGUACUUGUUGGAGCCACGAAGUGCUAUUCAGCUGCUAGAAAUUGCAGAUUCACUUGGAGCAGAUGACCUAAGGAAGCAUUCUGAGGAGAUUGCUAUUCGCAACCUUGAUUACAUUCUUGCUGUCUCAACGCAUACUUUUACCAACACUUCGUUGGACAUAUUGCUCAGCCUUGAAAAACUGCUGGAUUUGAAGUCAACUGAAUCAUGGUGUUAUCGUCGGCUUCCAACCCCGACAGCCACCUUCCCUGCCAUCAUCUAUAGUGAAGAAGAAGAAGAUAGUGACAAUGAAUUUCUUAGGAAACGUGACACCUGUAUACAGAGACCAUCCUCCAUGGCAGAGAGAGCUGUAAGAUUAGAUGGCUUUUUGCAGUGUAAUGAUGAUGCCAAGGAAGCAGUUUCCAAACAGGUUCGAGCUUUGAAAAAGAAGUUACAGCAGAUUGAGAUGCUUGAAGAGAAGCUGUUGAAAGGUCAUUCCCUGGAUGACCAGCAAAUGAAGAAACUCCAGACCAGGAAAGAUUUGCAGAGCUCGCUUGAUGAACUUGGUGUGCCUAUGGAGACUCUUCAGGCAAAAGCUUCUUCUUCUGUUUCUGUUGAUGGUAAAGGCUGUAAAAAAGUAGUGUCCAAAAAGCAAAGAAGAAAGAGCAAAAACAGGGCAGGAAAAGUUGAAGAGGCAUCUGGUAAUUGUGGAAAGAUUGAUCACUUGGAUCCCACAAAGACUUGUGUGGAAGUUGAAUCAUCUCAUAGUAAGCACAAGGAUGAAAGUGGAGAUCUUGAGGGAUUUGCAGAUAAACAAUUUCCUGAAGAUUCUACUAGCAUUACGAAAAAUUUGGCAGAAGUUGAAAGAAAUAAUCGUUCAUUGCAUUCUGUGUCAAAGAAGAAGAACAGAAAAGGCGGGCUUUCUAUGUUCUUGAGUGGUGGUCUUGAUGAUGCUCCAAAAUGUACUGCACCUCCUCCAUCAGUGCUCAAAUGUGAGGGUCCUGCUUGGGGUGGUGCUAAGAUUUCUAAGGGUUCCUCCUCUCUGCGUGAGAUACAGGAUGAGCAGAGUAAAAUAAAGGCAAUAAAGCCCGCAAAGUCCAACGAUCUUGUGGAACAUAUUACUGAUGGAAGCAGUGGCACCAAGAUUCGGUUAGGUUCAUUUCUGCCCUCCAAUCCGAUACCUGUUGUUGCAACACAGACGACUCAAGCUUCUGAUGGAGAAAGAAACACACCACCUUGGGCUGCAUCAGGGACUCCACCUUCUCUUUCUCGUCCGUCUCUCAGGGACAUCCAACUGCAACAGGGAAAACAUCAGCAAUCUCUUUCCAGUCCAAAAACGAGAACCACUGGCUUUUCAGUGGCAGGUGGCCAAGGUUCACCAUCAGACUCCGGUGGUCUGAACAGGUGGUUCAAGCAGGAGGUCGAGACACCUUCAUCUAUUCGCUUGAUUCAGAUAGAGGAAAAGGCAAUGAAAGACCUUAAGCGCUUCUACAGCAGCGUGAAGAUCAUGAGGAACCCAUCAUGAGAAGACCAUCAUGUCUUUUCUGACUGUAAAUUCCUUUUAUCUAUUCUUAGUCAGGAUUUCAAUGUAAAUUAACUGUACAGAUCAUUUUAUUCUCCACCUAGGGCAUUGUAACAGUGUUGCUAGUUGGCCAAUGGUUUUUUAUCUUCAUUUUUAUUGUUUUGGUUUCUUCA